AUGAGACUUGGGUUGAAAGCCGGCGCCGGCCUCCUCUGGCUCGCCGCGUCGCUCUGCGGCGGCUCGCACGGCGCCUCGGCGCAGGAGGUCGACUGGCCGAUCCACGACAACGGCCUCAACCAGGUCGUCCAAUGGGAUCACCACAGCUACAUCGUUAAUGGCGAGAGACUCUUUGUAUUUUCAGGAGAACCCACAUCCUACCCACAAACCCCGUACAAGACACCAACACUAACACCAACACCAUCGAAAAGGCCUGAACUCUGGCGAGACCUCCUCGAGAAGGUCAAGGCGGCUGGCUUCAAUGCCUUCUCCAUCUACAACCACUGGGGCUACCACAACCCCACGCCCGGCGUCCUCGACUUCGACACGGGCGCCCACAACUUCACCUCCAUCAUGACCGUCGCCAAGGAGCUCGGCAUCUACCUCAUCAUCCGCCCCGGGCCCUACGUCAACGCCGAGACCAACGCCGGCGGCUUCCCGCUCUGGCUCACCACCGGCGAGUACGGCUCCCUGCGCAACGACGACCCGCGCUACACCGAGGCCUGGACCCCGUACUGGUCCGAGAUCUCCAAGAUCAUCACGCCCCACCUCGUCACCAACGGCGGCAACGUCCUCAUGUUCCAGAUCGAGAACGAGCUCAACGGACAGUGGAAGAACAUCCCCAACCGCGUCCUGAACCCGCCCAUCGCCAACUACAUGCAGCUCCUCCAGGACAGCGCCCGCGAGAACGGCAUCGACGUGCCUCUGGCCCACAACGCGCCCAACAUGCGAGGCUUCUCCUGGUCCAAGGACUUUUCCAAUGCUACUGGAAACGUCGACGUGGUCGGUGUCGACAGUUACCCGUCGUGCUGGAGCUGCAACUUGAGCGAGUGCACCGGCACCAACGGACAAUACACCCCUUACCCCAACUUCCUGCCAGAGUUCCAAGGAGGCUCGUACAACCCCUGGGGCGGCCCUGAGGGAGGAUGCCCCGGCGACAUCGGCGCCGACUUCGCCAACAUCUUCUACCGCGACCUCAUCUACCAGCGCGUCACCGCCAUCUCCCUGUACAUGAUGUUCGGCGGCACCAACUGGGGGUGGCUCGCCUGCCCCGUCGUCGCAUCGAGCUACGACUACUCCUCUCCCGUGUCCGAGAACCGAAUCAUCGGCAGCAAGUUCUACGAGACGAAGCUACUGACGCUGUUCACCAGAGUGGCCAAGGACCUGACAAAGACCGAGAGAGUCGGAAACGGAACCGGGUACACGACCAACGCGGCCAUCAGCACCUCGGAGCUUCGCAACGUCGACAACGACGCCGCCUUCUACGUCGUCCGCCACGCUUACACGCCGUCCAACACCAACGAGGCGUUCAAGCUCUCCGUCAAGACGUCCCAGGGCUCCUUCACCAUCCCCCAGCACGGCAGCUCCAUCGCCAUCAACGGCCACCAGGCCAAGGUCCUCGUCACCGACUUCGCCUUUGGCGACAAGACGCUGCUGUACUCCACCGCCGAGGUGCUGAGCUACAUCGUCGCCGACGGCCGCGAGGUCAUCGCCCUGUGGCUGCCCGAGGGCGAGGCCGGCGAGUUCACCGUCACGGGCGUCACCUCCGCCGAGGUCGUCGGCGAAGCCAACGUCGCCGACUUCGCCGCCUACCCGGGCGAGGCCAACGUCACCGUCGCCUACACCCAGAAGAAGGGCAUCACACUGGUCGACCUCGGCGACGGCUCCCGCGCCGUCCUCCUCGACCGCACCGCCGCCUACCUCUUCUGGGUGCCCACCCUCGACAACGACCCCUUUGCCCCGGCCAACAACACUGUCUUCGUCCAGGGACCGUACCUCGUCCGCUCCGCCUCCUUCAACGAGACGGGCCGCGGCCUGGACCUCCGCGGAGACGCCGACAAGGAGACGACCAUCACCGUCUUCGCCUCGGCCUCGCUCUGCUCCCUCACCUGGAACGGCAAGAAGCUCGAGAUCCUCUCGAGGGACGGCAACACCUUCACGGCCAGGAUCGACGGCCCGCCCAAGUUCGAGCUCCCCGCCCUGGGCCCUUGGAAGGUCCACGACAGUCUCCCCGAGAUCGCGACCGACUACGAGGCCACAUCCGAUAGCUGGGUUGUCGCCGACAAGAACACCACGUUCAACUCGGUCAAGCCGGCCGCCAACAACCCCGUCCUCUACGUCGACGAGUACGAAAUCCACGUCGGGAACCACAUCUACCGCGCCACGUUCCCGACCACCGACGACGCCCCGACCGGCGUCUUCCUCAACGUCACCGGCGGCCUCGCCUUCGGCUACUCCGUCUGGCUGAACUCGCACUACCUCGGCUCCUACCUCGGCCUCUCCUACCUCGGCGCCGACGCCCGCGACUUCUCCUUCGCCAACGCCACCCUCGCCGACGCCGGCGCCGGCGACAACGUGCUCGUCGUCGUCAUGGACAACUCGGGCCACGACCUGCGCGAGGCCGCCCUCGCCCCGCGCGGCAUCUCCAACGCCACCCUCCUCGGCCCGGCCGCCCAGGACUACAAGUUCUCCGAGUGGAAGAUCGCCGGCACCGCCGGCCGCAACGACCUCGUCGACACCGUCCGCGGCCCCAUCAACGAGGGCGGCCUGUCCGCCGAGCGCGUCGGCGCCCACCUGCCCGGCUACCCGGACUCGGACUGGGAGUCCUUCGCCUCCGACGGCGGCGCCCUCUCCGUCCCGGACGCCGGCAUCCGCAUCUUCCGCACCGUCGUGCCCCUCGACGUGCCCGCGGGCCUCGACGUCUCCGUCUCGUUCCGCUUCUCCGCCGCCCAGGACGACACCAACCGCCUGCGCGCCCUCCUCUUCGUCAACGGCUACCAGUACGGCCGCUUCAACCCCUACAUCGGCAACCAGGUCCACUUCCCCGUGCCGACGGGCAUCCUCGACUACGCCGGCGACAACACCAUCGCCGUCGCCAUCUGGAGCCAGGCCGCCGAGGGCGUCGCGCUCAAGGUCGAGUGGCAGGUCGACUACGUCCACACAUCCAGCUUCGACAUGACCUUCGACACCAAGCCGCUGAGGCCCGACUGGGACGAGAGCCGUCUGGCGUUUGCCUGA